AGAGUGUCGCUGUUUGUCGAAUCACAAGUCCAGAAAACAAAUACCAGAACUGUCAGUGUGCAGUGAUCCACAAGGUGCAUCCCGCGGCGGCGGUGGCGGUGGCACUCGACCAAAACAUGAUCACUCUUUUAUUUCUAUCCGGAAAUAGAUGAGGAUUUCCUUCUCGGACAGAGGUUUUCCACAUAGUUUUUCAUUACAAUCGUUCGAGUGACUCUCUAAAGUCUAUAUAUAAAUCAGUCGUAUUACCAGUACAGGAUUCUAAACAAGAUGGUUUUCCUCUAAUAAGGAUUCACAAAUUGAACUUUAGCAGCAUUAUAUGAAUAAUAUGGCCCCGUUAAUUGACUUGUUAAACCCUAGUAAAAAUCAAUUUUGUUGUUCCACAAUUUGGUUAUAGAAGUGCGCGAGUUUUAUAUAUUUAUCGUGUGGACUUAUAUGAGUAGUGUAUAAGGAGAUGCCUCGUCCUUGCCGAGAGUCUUACGGGGAACAGAAGCCUCCGUACUCGUACAUCUCUCUGACGGCGAUGGCGAUCUGGAGUUCUCCCGAGAAGAUGCUCCCACUGUCCGAGAUCUACCGAUUCAUCAGCGAGCGCUUCCCUUACUACAGGCACAACACGCAGCGCUGGCAGAACUCUCUCAGGCACAACUUGUCCUUCAACGACUGUUUCGUCAAGAUCCCGCGACGACCGGACCGCCCCGGCAAGGGGGCCUACUGGGCGCUCCAUCCUGCCGCCUUGGACAUGUUCGAGAACGGCUCCUUCUUGAGGAGGAGGAAAAGAUUCAAACUGCCGAAGACCGAGAAGGCCUUACUGGAUAGCGUCGCUAAGACGACAGGAACAACUGAAAUUCCAAAAGUUCCUCAGAGUACGGCCAGCAAGUCUUUCAGUAUCGACAGUAUCAUAUCCACCCCACCGACCCCGGUACUGCCUCCACCCCUGUUUCACUACCACUACCCUCCUGUGUGCCUGCCGCCUCCCCUGCUCAACCCCGGGUACGCCGCUCUCUACGCGUUCGCCCUCCAGCAAGGCCUGCUGGCCCCGCCGCUUCCUAUGCUGCCCUCCACGGAGCUCGCAGAGUCGUCUUGUUCCUCCACGGAGUCCGGUCUGCACCAUCCCCCAGGUGAGGGACCAUCCAGAGCCACCCUCCAAGAGGUACCCGAUGAGCCGAGCCCCCGUCACCCCACCCCCGAGGAGCCCCCUCUCCCCCUUACAGCACCCACUACCUAGGCCCAGCCCUGGAGUGCCUCGGCCGCCAUACUGGAUUAGGUGAAGCCGGCACCUUCAACUGUGAAAAGUGAAAACUCUGAGAGUGACAGAUUGUGUAUAGUUUAUUUAUUAUUAUUUGUGAUUUAAAAAAAGUUAAUUCUGUAAAUUGGUUUUAGACGAUAAAAUACAAAUAAAUAAUUAUAUUCUUUUAAUUUUAGGUAAUUUAGAUAUUAAUAUGCAUACGUUUUACGAUUACGACAAAUAUUGUAUACGAAUUUGUAUUGAUUGUGAUUAAUGUACCUAAAAAUUAAAUGUACAUUAUUUAUUAGCAGCGUAUUUUAUAUAUUUCUGAGUGUGAUAAAAUAACUAAUUAGAAUAUUUUAAGUUAUCUAUACGCAUUAAGUUACAGACUUUUUAUUGAAUGCGUAAAGUUUAUUGAUAUUAAACUGGAUAUUUAAGGUUUCUACAUCACAAUCUCAUCGGUGUGCAUACUUAAAUAAUACAUUAUGAACAUGUUUAUAUUAACUAAAGUGGGAAAUUCGUUGAAUAAUUGUUCCCUCAUGUUUUUUAUGCAAUUACAUGAUAUUCCAAAGGGGUGAAGGAAUUUUCUGUGGUGAAUAAAAUGAAAUGAAAAAUACCUUUAUUAAUAGAGGCGAAGUUAGGACGAAAAAGUUCUCUCUUUCACUAAUAAUUUGUGUUGAAUGAUAUUUCGAUGCAGUACAACUUAUUUAAUUGAUUCAUAUUAAUUUAGUUCCAUGCAUAUUCUUUUUCUAACCUUAAAGUAAAUUUGGCCUGAGCAAUUUCUUUACGGAUUAUCAAUAUUUUGAGGCUUUUCUUCUUUGAUAAAUUAGAUUCCAUGACAUUAAUUGAAAAAAACCAUUCCAUUUGCAGAAAAUAAUAAUAAUGUAUAGAGAUCAUAUACAAUUAUUGCAUAUGAAUUUAGCUCCAUUAUCGGUAUGAGGCGCGAUGAUUCUUAAAAAUAUGACCUGCACUUUUUUUACAAGAUUUUUUAGAUAUUUAUAUGUAUAGAGUAAAUUCGAAAUUCUUACUUUAUCACUUUAAUGAUUAGUUAUAUAAACACUAAAAAAUAAUAAGACAGAUUGACUGAAGACUAAGAAUUUUAGGACUUUAAUAGGAUGAUAUAGGACAGUUUUUCAAUUUUUAUGUUCCAAACUUUUUCUAUUUUUUUCGCUCUUUUAGAAUCACCUUGUAUACAAGUACUUUUAUUUUACCCAAUUAUGAAGCUUACUAUUAAAAUACGUGCCCCCUAGAUCCUAUAAUAAUAAAUAAUGUUCCUUUUUCUCAGAAACCUAUAAAGAUAUCUUUCAGUUUAGAUUUAGUUUUAGUUUAGUAGACCAUUCUACAUAUAUCAUGGUAUUUUUAAAGAGUUUUAAAUUACUGGUAGCUUUUAAAAUGUUCUAUAUACAUAAUACUUAACUAUCCCUUUGAGUUUUGUGAUGUAUAUAAGUUAUAUUUACAAGCCAACAAGCUUCACGUUAAUACUUUCUGUGAUUAUUGAGAAAGAGGAACAUGUUGGUGAAAAUGGAAGUUUUAAGGAGAAAUAUUUAAUAUACAAAUAAUGCAGUAAAACAAAUUACAGAAGCCUACCAAUAGUAUUAACAUUACCAUUCAAUGAGGUUUUAUAACUUAAUAAAGUUUAAAAACAGUUGAAAUAUUA